ACGUACAUAUUUUGGUAUUAACAUUCACAUUUGACACACACACUGUUCCCUUCAAACUUCCGUUUUUCUCCGGUAGCCAUGGCUGUGGGUAGAGGCCUCGCUGUCGUGCUGCUCUUACUGGCGGUGUACUGUGGGCUGGACCCAUUCAAACACAGCCCAAUAGCGAACUUCCCUGACUUCGACGCCAAAAAGAUUGACAUGCCGACAUGGUCCGAGGUUCCUACCCAGCAAGACAAACACAACUUGUUGCAAAAAUCUGAGAUAAAGUUUUUGAAUGAGGUGCAGGGUCCAGAGAGCAUUGCCUUUGACCCUCUUGGUCGUGGCCCUUAUACCGGUCUCGCCGAUGGCAGAAUCGUUUUCUGGAAUGGUCACUCUUGGGUUGACUUUGCUUAUACCUCCCCCAACAGGUCAGAACUGUGUAAUCCUAUAGCAUCUGCGACACCUUUCAGUUUUGUGAAAACUGAGCAUAUAUGUGGAAGGCCUUUGGGACUUAGAUUUCACAAGAAAACAGGUGAUUUGUACAUUGCAGAUGCAUAUUUUGGGCUCUUGAAGGUGGGCCCUGAGGGUGGUUUAGCAACCUCUCUUGUAACUGAGGCUGAAGGGGUGCCUUUGAGGUUUACUAAUGAUGUUGAUGUUGAUGAGGAAGGGAAUGUUUAUUUCACGGAGAGCAGUUGUAUUUAUCCGAGGAGGAAUUUCAUUCAGCUGGUAUUUUCUGGGGACGACAGUGGCAAGGUUUUGAAAUACAACCCUACCACUAAGGAAACCACUGUUCUUGCAAGGAACAUUCAAUUCCCAAAUGGCAUUUCCUUAAGCAAGGAUGGUUCCUUCUUUGUCUUCUGUGAAGGGGUUGUUGGCAGGUUACGUAAAUACUGGCUGAAAGGAGAUAAAGCUGGGACUUCAGAGAUCUUAGCCAUUCUACCUGGAUAUCCAGACAAUGUGAGAGUGAAUGAAGAUGGUGAUUUUUGGGUGGCUAUUCAUUGUAGAAGGUAUAUGUAUGCGUAUCUUAAUGGUCUCUACCCAAAGAUAAGGAAAGCCAUACUCAAGCUUCCUAUACCAACAAAGAUUCAAUAUCUGCUUCAAAUAGGAGGUCACCCACAUGCUGUAGUAGUUAAGUAUAGCCCUGAAGGUAAACUUGUGCAGAUAUUGGAGGACAGUGAGGGGAAAGUUGUUAAAGCAGUGAGUGAAGUGGAGGAGAAGGAUGGGAAACUCUGGAUGGGAAGUGUUCUCAUGCCUUUUGUUGCAGUAUACAACUUGACAUAAAGCAGAUUACAAUCUCCCCCCACUAAGCUCUUUUCUAUCUUGAAUUCUCUCAGUUGAAGAAGUUGAGUUUUGCUUUAACUUUAUCAAUAAUGAACCUUAUAUUUCCAAUUGAAAUCCUGAGAUGAAUUUGGCUUUGCUUC